GCAACAGGAAUGCAGAGUCUUGCAGACCCUCCUCAUCUUCUUUUCCUUCCUCUCCCUGCCGUUCCACCCACCUCUUGGCACUCUCCACCCUCUCCACGAAACCACCACCCGCUCCCCCCAACGCCCAGGAAAAGCCGCCGCGCGGCCGAGAACCCGGUCGCGGACCCCAGGCCGGAGGACGGAAUGGCCGCCCGGAAGCGCCCGCUCCCGCCGCCCGCCUCCGACGACGACGACUCGCACGGCCACGUCGGGGUCCGCCGCGGCGGAACCAACCGCGGCGGAGGCGCGGCCUCGCAUGGGUCGUCGGACGGAGAACUCGCUGCGCGUCAGGCGAGGGCGCCGCCCCGGGAGCCGCGCUACGGCGGUGAGAACGAGUAAGCCUUCGCUUUCGAUGCGUAUGAUCCGUCCGUGCUUGAUUGGCUCCGCAGAUCCCGACACGGAGGGCGGGCGUGGAGGAGACGGAAGCGGCAACCACAGCGAGUCAUCUACGAGCUCCGGCGACGAGAACGAGUUUAUACUAGUGAAAUUAGCUGAAAUCCGGAAGGAAGUCCAGUGCCCUAUUUGUUUAGGAAUUAUCCGAAAGACAAGAACGGUUAUGGAAUGUUUGCACCGAUUCUGCAGGGAUUGCAUUGAUAAAUCUAUGCGGCUCGGAAAUAAUGAGUGCCCGGCAUGCCGCACUCAUUGUGCAAGCAGGCGUUCUUUAAGGGACGAUCCUAAUUAUGAUGCACUGAUUGCAACCUUAUACCCCGAUAUUGACAAGUAUGAGGAAGAGGAAUUUGCUUUCAGUGAAGAGGAAAAGACUCGGAAUAAGAAGAUUCAAGCAACCAUUGAGGAAACGAUUCGAAAACAGUCAGAGGCCAUAGGUAAGAAAUGUUCCACAGCAAAAGCCACUGCCACUGCUUUUGCAAGGAAGUACAGAAGAAAUAUGCGAACACGUGGGAGAGGUAGAACUGUUGCUCGUGAUAUUGUCCUUACUGUCUCCGACAAUGAGGAUAGAGAAGAAGUAAAUGCUAAUGAUGCCAGCAAAGAGUCGUCUUCUGCUGAUAACCACUCUCCAGAUUUAAAGCAGAAAAGAGGUAGAAAGAGGCCUCCACCACUACCUUCUCCUGAUAGAAUCAUUGCCAGUAGUGACCAUGGAUCUGAGGAGAAUGGUGAACCAGUAUCUGUUAAAGAAAAUUUCACAAGCUCUCCAUUGCGGGGGGAGAUGCUUGCAUGGGGAAAAAAUGGCACACGUAGCCAAAUUCGACAUGGCAAUGUUGGUGGCUUAAAUUGCAGACUGGGAAAGGGCGGACGUGUUGCGAAGUUGGUGGAGCACCUCCGUACAACUGAUGAAAUGGAUAAAGAGUUCAACUUGUAUCUUGUUCUCCUUCCUCUUGAUGGAAAAGCAACACCUGAAUUGGAAAAGCCCUAUCUAAGUUGUCGACCAACUGUAUCAAUUCGACACCUCGUACAGCUAAUUGCUCUCCAGUUGUCUCGGCAAGUUGAAGAACUUGAGAUCUAUAUGAGGAUGGACCUUCACAAUAGAGGUGUUGCAACAGACUCAAGUUCUGCUGAGACAAAUCCGCGGCUAUUUGAUGGCUUGGAAAGAUUGAGUGGAGAUAAGCUUCUUUCUGAUCUUGGCCUGUCAUUUGCCUCUGGUCGCAACGAUGUGGAACUGUUAUAUGCUUUGAAAACUCAAGACUAGAUCACUUUUGUGGCGGCACUUUUCAUCAUCUGCUGGUAUUAUGUUGGGUCUGCUUCUGGAUAAGGGCUGUCUGUGAAAAGCACUGGAUGUGCAAAAUGGUAGAUCCUUUUUUUCCUAUGAGUUAUUGUUUAGAUUGGUGUACUUUCUUUGUAACAUAUAGCUAGAUCUGUAUGGUGUUAGUACCGUUGGGUCAAUAAUAUCAGUGAUAGUUUUAAAUUAGUAAAAUUAUACGCGGUCUCUUAUUGGUUAAUCAUUGAGUCGUGUUCAUUUAUACCAGCUCGUGGGAUCAUAGAAAAUUGGAAGCUAAUAUUGAUACAGAAGGCAUUCGUUGUUUUGUU